UACGGAACUCCAGAUGAAUGCAGAAACUGGCAGUGACAGCCGGGUUGAACUUACCAGCUUAGCACGAAGUUAAGACGAAACGUCUCGCAGAAUUAGUGUCCGUCAUGAUCAUCUAUACUAGAUAGGUGUGUGUGUGUGCAUGUGGGUCCCAGGUGGCACUAGAGGACUAUGGAGCCCGAUGUCAUCCGCCUGUACUCUUCUUCUCCCCCUCCACUAGAUGAGGCUGGAGAGGAGGAAGAGGAGGAUGAAUUUGGGGAGUUUGGCAGUUUCGCUGGUGUAGUAUCCAGUUUCAGUUUCUCAGAGAUUGACACACCUAUAACAUUUAACCAAUCAAAUGCACUAGAGGACUCGCCACCCGACCUGUACAUCACAUUUGUACAGAAUUGUACUGUAUCAGAAAAGAGUGUAUGGCCUAAGGAAAAAAAUCUUGUUAAGGAAUUACAACAGCCAUGUGUUUUAUCAAACCAAGAAUCAUCAAUCAAGGAGACUAAAGUGCAAAGCUUUGAUGACAGUGAUCCUUCAGGGAUUGUCAUAAAUGGCGUUGCAUCCUCCGACCUCCAGAGGGAGCUCUCUAUCGAACACAGUGUUUCUAGCAGUGAUCAACACUGCUUCUCAACAUCUCCUGAUAUUAAACACAGCAGCACAGGUCAGCAUAUAGACAACACAGGUGAUGGUCAAAGUAAUGGCUACAACAAGUCUUCCACACGUAUAGAGUGUGACUCUGAAUCUAGUAUAAGCUCAGGACUGAAUGUCAAAAUAUCUGAUUUUGAGUACAAUGAAAAACAGAACCAGCAGAUCUGUAACAGUCACGCAUGCCAUGAAGAUGCAUCAGAACCAGAAGAAACUAAAACAAGAAAGAAGCUAUGUGAUGACUCCCAGUCAUUUUAUUCUUGUGAAGGAGGUAAGGAGACUCAAAAAGAGGAUAAGGGAACACAAGAGAAAGGGAUCCAAGAUACUCAUGGCCCCUCUAGUAAAGAAAAUGUGGUUGAUUAUAGUAAUGCAUUUUUUUUGGAGGGGUCAGACUCUACUGAAAUAGCUGAAGUAUUAAUGGUCCACGAAGUAGAUAUGGCUAUAAGUGAAAUGCAUGAAUCUUCAGAAAACAUGGGGAUGGAGGUAGACGUGGACAAUAAGGCCUUAAAUGAAACUCCCGAUGAGGACUUUGGAGAUGCAGCUCAGGGUUUCACGGACUUUAGCCGAACAGAAUCUAUAACCCAGGAAGGAUUUACUGAUUUUGUCACAGCAAUGUCCAGGUGCUCCACAGAUGAUGAGUUUUGUGACACAGACACUCUAAAAGACUUUCAGGAGGAGGAUGAGCUAGCUGAAGAAGAGGAGAAGUCUGUAGAUUGUGCAGGAGUAUUUUGUUCAGAAUUGCCUCCAAGCGACAGUUUUGCCGACUUUAGUUCAGCUCCGUUUGAUGGUUUGGAGGUGGAAGAGGGUGAGAACUGGGCUACAUUCGGACAGCAGGAAGCUGCAGAAGAGGUUCAGGAUUCAUGGGCAACUUUUGGCGAGGAGCAGAAUCCUUUACAGUGUCAGGAAAAACAAGAUGUUUUGACAUCAGCACCUUGUAGUGACAACCUUAAAAGCUGCAAGAGGGACAGAGAGACUGCUGAAUUCAGCUGCAAAAUACAGCAUCUCCUCGGAAAUGUAUUUCCUUUAGAUGUCAAUUCUGAGGUCAGGCAAGUCACAGAAGUCUUACCCCUCCAAAAUGUUCUGCAGGCCCAGGAUCAAAGUGAUUUCAGUUGCUCUUUUUCUCAAGGGCAUGAUCUGGCCAUGUGGCGUCACUUUCAGGACAUCCACGGUGCACAUGGUCUCAAGUUUAAGUGGACAGGUUCCCAUAGCAACAGAAUCUUGCUGGAUUGCCUGGGAAUCAGAAAUAUUUUGUUCACUGGUGAGAAACAGCAGCCACUAAUCGUGCCUAUGUUUGCUGCCGGACUGGGAAUGCUGGAACCCACCAAAGAGUUUGAGAAAUCUCUAGCCUCCCCUGCAUUUUUGCCAUCGGUUCCUGUGGAAAGUGGAACUAUUUUAUGCACUCAGGUGGUGCCCUCUUUGACCAUUAGUGUUGACGGUGUUGAUCCGGAGUUGUAUGAGCUAACUUCAGCUAAAAUGGAGGCCAAAAGUCCUGGUCAUAGCAUAACAGAUGCAUUUACAAAACUAAUGGAAUCUAUGGAGAAAACAAGAACAACAGCCAGGAGGCCAGAGCAAGAUGAAAAAAUAAGCGAAGAAGCCGCAAAGGUCAUCUCUCUUCUCCCUGAUCUGUCCUUCAUGCAGGCCAGGGUUUUAAUGUUCCCCUCUAUCCUAACUCCAGCUGCCAAUCACAUAUAAUCAGACAUGGCUACCUGCCUUAAGCUCCUGUCAGAGGUAAUUUAUUCUGUUUACAGACAGCAGCAAAACUUCUCCAAAAAAAAUCACAUUUUAUAUAUGAAAAUGAACUCUUGCCUAUUACAAAUAAUAUUAUUCCUGCUGUCAUAAACAGUUUGAAUUGCUUUAUAUGCUUUUUCUCUGUCAAGCAGUUUUUGGACACAGUAUUCAGAAUAGUAUGUUUUCUUCUGAUACAUAAAAUGUUUAAGGUUGUAUUUUUAAGUGCCGUUUAGGAAAUCUGAGUACUUAUAUGGCACUUUUAACUCAAAAGAGAUGAAAUGCAGAAUUGCACAUUUUACUACUUGAAACCACAGCCUGUAAAAUUAAUACUGACAGUACUUGCUAUACAUUUUAAUUUGUGCAUUUAAUUUUGUUCUUCUUUUAAAUGUCAUUUAAUUAAUAGAUUCCUUGGUCUGUAUCUAACCAUUUUUGACUCUUUUAAACCUCAUUCAAUUUAAGGUUAUAUAACAUCCAUUCUUUUAACUACCUGUAGUUGUUUGUAUUUAUUUGGUUUUCCCGCAACUGACAUGCGCACACACGAAGAGAUGAUAUAAUCAUGUAAUUUUGUCUUUUUUUGCAUGUUUGCUUUUGUUUUGCAAUUUAUUGUGUUUUAAUGUCAUGUCACUGUAUUAUUUUAAACAGUAUACUUUUGCACAAUCUAAAUAUAUAAUGUGAAUCUGACAGUAGAGCCGUCUUAAAGAUGGUUAUGGUUUGUAUUGUUCCUGUGGAAAAGAGAUUUUAAAUGGGUUUGCCUGUGUGCUUAUUUCAUUUUCUUUGUAAAUGGUUUUAAAAUGUUAACCAGAAUAAAAAAGGCAUACAAAUAUUA